AUGGCUCUUACAGAACUCUUCAUCUCUCCUUGGGCACCUGUGGCUCUUGUCGUCGCCUUCGUUGCAUGGUACAUCCUCCCAUGGGUCAGCAACAAAGACCUCCGCGGUAUUCCCGCACCUUUCCCGGCACAGUUCAGCAACCUCUGGUUAUUGUCAACAUGUCGAAAAGGAAAACGUUACGAAAUCGUUGACCAAGUUCACAAGAAGCUGGGAGUUGUCGUGCGCAUUGCACCAAACCACGUGUCAAUUGCUGAUAGCGAGGCAAUCAACACUAUCUACGGCCACGGAAAUGGUUUAUUGAAAGCCGACUUUUACGAUACCUUUGUGUCUAUCCGCCGCGGUCUGUUCAACACACGCGACAGAGCCGAGCACUCUCGAAAGAGAAAGAUUGUUUCACAUACUUUUGCUCCCAAGUCUGUUCUCGAAUUUGAGCCUUAUAUCCGCCAGAACCUUGAAGUCUUCAUCAAACAGUGGGACCGUAUCGCUAGUAACAAAGAGCGAGAUGGUUAUGGCCGCACUGACUGUCUCAACUGGUUCAACUUUCUCGCUUUUGAUAUCAUCGCUGACCUGGCUUUCGGCAAGCCAUUUGGAAUGCUCGCCUCUGGUGCCGAUAUUGCUGAAGUCAAGGCCUCCCCCACCAGCCCAACUAUCUACGCCCCAGCCGUCGAAAUCAUGAACCGUCGCGGCGAAGUCUCGGCAACUCUCGGCUGUCUCCCUCAACUCAAGCCCUAUGCCAAGUAUCUCCCCGAUCCUUUCUUCAGCCAAGGUCUCCAGGCUGUUGAGAAUCUCGCUGGUAUCGCCAUUGCACGUGUUAGCGAGCGUCUGGAGCGCGGCGGUGACUCUACCCGAAAGGACCUUCUGGCUCGUCUCAUGCAGGGUCGCGACGAGAAGGGCGAACCUCUUGGACGUGACGAGCUUACUGCUGAGGCUCUUACCCAGUUGAUUGCAGGAAGUGACACAACUUCCAACUCUUCUUGUGCUUUGCUGUAUCAUGUUGUUAGGACACCUGGAGUCAUGCAAAAGCUCUACGAGGAGGUUACUGCUGUCAUACCCGAGGGCGAAGUUAUUCCUGAUUUCGAGUCUGUGAAGCACCUUCCCUACCUCGGCCACUGCAUCAACGAGACCCUUCGAAUUCACUCCCCGUCUGGCAUCGGUCUGCCUCGUGAGAUCCCUCCUAACCAUAAGGGCGUCACUAUUCAUGGAAUAUACUUUGGCCCCGGCACAGUCCUCAGCGUUCCUACAUAUACCAUUCAUCACUCAACGGAAAUCUGGGGCCCUGAUGCUGAUGACUUCAAGCCUGAGCGCUGGGAGACAUUGACCGACAAGCAGAAGAAUGCUUUCAUUCCCUUUAGCUACGGGCCUCGCUCUUGUGUCGGACGAAACUUGGCGGAGCUUCAACUCAGGGUCAUUACGGCUACUUGGAUCAAGCGAUAUAAUGUUAUUUUGAGACAGGAUGUUAUGGAAACACGGGAAGGAUUUUUGCGCAAACCAAUGGGAUUGGAUGUGGGAUUGGCUAGACGAUAA